UAUUCACUACAAUACAGUUCAACCAAUUUCUCUAUUUUCAUUAUCCAAACCCAGUAAAAAUGAGUGUGAAACCCAUCUGGGUAUUCUUCAAUGCCAUCUUUUUGAUUCUUCUAGUGGCUAAUUCAGAAGAAGAAGGGACGAUCAAGGCUCUGGUCACAUUCAUGGAUAAAUUGGCACCAGGGUUUGUACCAACAGACCCUUCGUGGGGUUGGAACCUUUCAUCAGAUCCCUGCAUUGAUAAGUGGUACGGUGUGAAGUGCCAUUCGGAUAACAAAAACGUUAUGAGUGUGACUCUUGAGAAGUUCAAUUUUGGUGGAGGUUUUGACGCCGGUUCUCUUUGCAUUACAAAGUCUCUUCAAAUGCUUAGCCUGAAGGACAACAGUUUACAUGAUUCAAUACCAGAGGAUAUAGGAAACUGCAAGUCAUUGACUCACUUGUUUUUAAGUGGGAACCAAUUCUCUGGUAACCUUCCUAUUUCUGUUGGCAAUCUAAGUAACAUAAUACGGCUUCAUAUUUCGGACAACCACUUAACUGGAGAGCUACCUAAAAUGGUUCAUGUUUCAAGUUUGAUAUCCUUCGUUGCUCAAAACAACAACUUCACUGGGGAGAUUCCUAGUUUUGACUUCUACAACCUUCAAGAGUUUAAUGUCUCUAAUAACAAUUUACACGGUCCAGUUCCUGAUGUCGGAGGUAAAUUCCAUGCAGACAGCUUUACUGGGAAUCCUAACUUAUGUGGGGAGCCACUUUCAAAUGCAUGUCCUCCUCCUCCUCCUCCUCCUCCUUCUCCUUCUCCUCCACCAUCACCACCAUCACAUGAAAAGGACAAAAAGUCGUUCCCUAAUGAUUUGUUCAUUUAUUCAGGUUACUUAGUCCUUGGUUUGAUUACGCUGAUUUUCUUGACCUUUAAACUAUUAUGCAACUUCAAGACCAAAGAAAAAGUGUUGGAUGUUGAAAAGAAGGAAAAGGCAGAAGAAAGUGUUGGUGUUGUUGGCAUGGCUGGUGAAAUAUCCCAAUCCAAUGGAUCAAAGAAGUACAUUGGGAUCAGAUCCGAGCCACCUGUUGCAUACUAUUGUUCUCAGCAAGAGAAGCUCCUAGCAUAUGAAUUUAUGCAGAAUGGUAGUCUCUUCAUGUUGCUCUAUGCUGGUAAGUGGUAAC